ACGCACGCACCACUUGCACAAACAGGCUUAUCCUCCUCCUCCGGUCGCAGCUGCAGCACGCAUUGAAGGUAGACGACGCUGGUCGCUGGAGUGUGGAGUUAUCUGCCCCAAGCCAGCUAGCUAGUCCUCUGCUGCGGCUAGAUAUUUCCUCUUCCGUGCAUCCCUCACCAAGCACUGAGACUCUGAGAGCACCCGAGCUCCAGACUCGGACAGAGCGCGCGACCGGAGGGAAGCAGCCAGUCGACACGCGAUGCAGAAACACGCGGUGGCGGUGAUCGUGGCGGCCGUCGUGCUCGGCCUCGUCGCCCUCGUCCUGGGGUUCGCCGCGGAGUAUGUCAACCAAAAGGCUUUCGUGAGGUCCGACGUGUUCCGCUGCGAGUACCGGCGCACGCCGGCGCUGGGCUGGGGCAUCCUCGCCGCGCUGCUCUCGCUGGCCGCCGUGACGCUCGUCACUGCGGCCAGCGGCUGCUUCGGCCGCUUCGGCGCCGCCGCCGCGCCCGCGGCAAGGAGACGGCGCGGCGGCUGCGCCAGGACGUCGUGCGCGGCAGUCGCGUGGCUGGUGGUGGCGGCGGCGGCGGUGAUGUUCCUGUAUGGCGCGUCGAGGAACGCGGGAGGAACGGGGGGCUUCACCGCGAUCAGGCGGCGGCCCGGGCGCAACAGCGACGGCGGCGUCAGCACCUUCGACUUCGUCUGCGACGAGCUCAGGGGAGUCUUCGUGUUGGCGUCCAUCGCGGCCGUCGUCGCCGUCGCCUGCGCGAUCACGGCCUACGUCGACACCCUCCAGCGGAGGAACCAGACGGCCACGCCGCCCACGCUGGGUGUCGCGAUGGGGCAGCCAGACCCAGCUCCCGUGGCUUACCCGGCUCAACCGCCGUACGGUGGCUACGGCGCCAAGCAACCUGCGGGGACAUCUUGAGCUUCAUCGAUGACGUCGGCUCCACCGUGUGUUUGCUUUUCUGCGUCGCAGUGCCACCACCUUCACGAUUUGUGUAUUGUUGUGGUAUUUGCUAAUUUGUAAGUGGGAUUCACCACUUGGAUAUAUGCUUGUGUUUUCAAGUUGUUAAUAAUAAGAAAAAACAUAAGUUUGAGCCAACAAAAUGCAUACAAGAAAUUUAUAGUAA